AUGUCCGACAAAGAAUUCGGAGGUAUAGUCUCUGCACUAUAUAAAACUCCUCGAACGCUGACAUUUGCAGGCAACGAUGACCUCUCCCUCCCCAAAGCCACCGUCCAGAAGAUCAUCAAUGAAGUACUCAACACAAACCCCGCGCUCGCCGAAUCAGGCCAGAUGACAUUCGCGAAAGAGACCCGAGACCUGCUGAUCGAGUGCUGCGUCGAAUUCAUUACUAUGCUCAGCUCGCAAGCCAACGACAUUGCAGAGAAGGAAGCGAAGAAGACCAUUGCAUGCGAACACAUCACAAAGGCACUAGAAGAACUCGAAUUCCCAGAGUACGUUCCAGAACUCAACAAGGUCGCUGGAGAGUUUAAGGUGGAAAUGGGAAGGAGAGAACGGAAGCAGACCAAGAUCGAACAGAGUGGCAUGAGCGAGGAGGAGUUGCGGAGGAUGCAGGAAGAGUUGUUCAAGAGCGCCGGCGAUAAGUAUACUGCGGGAGGAGAAUGA